AUGCCCGUUGUCGGAAGUUUUGAUCCACGUACAUUAAUUGCACCCGCAAAUUCUGGAGGAUAUGUGGUUGACUUUUAUAGAGUGACAUUAGAUGAACUUCAGGAUAUGACGAUUCCAUUCAUUUGGCAAGCUUCUUAUACUGGAAUUAUUCAUGGAAUAGCUGGUUGGUUUGAUCUACAUUUUUCACCACCUUCACCAGUUAUUAACGGAAGUACGAUUACAAUGUCUACUAGUCCAGCAGCUGAACGUACUCAUUGGCAACAAGUUAGAUUUUUAUUAAAAGAACCAUUAGCGGUGAAUGCGGGUCAAACAAUUCAAGGAUGGAUGAGAUGUGUAGUGAAUGAAAUGAGAUCUUAUACAAUAGAAGUUGAAAUAUUAAUUGGAAAUGGUCAAUUAUCAGAUCCAUUAAAUGUUUCACCUUCAAUAUUUAAUUUGGACUUUAAUCGUCGAAGAGGUAAAUGGCGAUUACAUGAACAAACCUAUAAUUACAAUUAUUAUCCACAAGCGGAUAAUAUAUUUAGACCAGAAUAUAAUUGUCUUUAUGAACCCGAACAACCUUUGGAUGUAUCAGUAGUUGUAGAUAAUAAUUAUGUUGAUGAAAAUCAAUUUAUUCUUCAAUCUUAA